UUGUCACUUCAGUCGGCGCGAUCGGUUAGACAGAGCGGUGUCAUGGCGCAACAACGAUGACCGAGAGUGUGUUCCUCAUCGACGAAUCGAGCACGAAGGACAGUAUGUGGGGCGGAUUUCGCUGCAACAGGUCUCUCGUGAUAUUACUCCUGAUAAAUGUCAUCGUCUUCCUAAGCAUCAUAUAUUAUCAGGAGCACAGGAAAUGGCAGGAUGUCAGGUCCAAGCUGGACCCGUUGAUAGCCGAUCUGCGGGACAUGCAGGGGCUGACGUACGGCCUACUGAAGAAGCUGGAGGCGCAUGGGCUCUUCGUGGAGGACACUCACGGGCGGAGCCAGCCGGUCAUCUACGCGAUCACGCCCACGUUCGCCAGGCCCGUGCAGAAGGCCGAGCUCACCCGGUUGGCGCAGACGUUCCUCCACGUGCCAAACUUCCACUGGAUCGUCGUGGAGGACGCGUCGAAGAAGAGCGCCCUGGUCACCCGACUCCUAGAGACCAGCGGCCUCAUCUACACCCACCUGGCCGCGACGACCCCGCCGAACUACAAGCUCGGCAGGAACGACCCGAACUGGAAGAAGCCGCGCGGGGUUGAGCAACGGAACGCGGCGCUGAGGUGGCUCAGGGAAAACCUCAAGCAGUCUGACAAGGGCGUAGUUUACUUCGCCGAUGAUGACAAUACUUAUUCUAUCAAACUCUUCGGUGAGAUGGAGAAGAUACAAAAAGUUGGUGUUUGGCCGGUCGGCCUAGUCGGUGGUCUUAUGGUAGAGAAGCCUAUUUGCGACAACGUCACUAAUAAAGUAAUCGGUUUCAAUGCGGCGUGGAAACCGGAUCGGCCGUUUCCACUCGACAUGGCGGGCUUUGCCAUUAAUCUCGAGUUAUUGUUUAAACACGGAGACGCGUGGUUCUCGUACGACGUGCAAGGCGGUUAUCAGGAGAGCGAGAUACUGAGGCAAUUAGUGACGAAGGAUCAGUUGGAGCCGCUGGCGGAUUGCUGCACGAAGGUAUACGUGUGGCACACGCGAACGGAACCGCCGCAGCUGAAUGUCGAACAGAUGUUGAUCAAGAAAGGUAAGCGUUCCAAUGCUGGCAUUGAGGUAUAAA